UCUUUUUGACUUUGUUUUGAUAUAUAGAGGUGUCUUAGAGUUUGUCCCCCUUUAUAGUCGUGUUGUAUAUUUGUUUGAGGACUAAUGGUGCAUUUAUUUUGAAUCUUUGAUGAUGUGGUUAUUUUUUCAAAAUUAGUAUCUGUCACCAUUUCGGGUCUGAUUGGCACAGUUGUUUUUUAGUCUGCUAACAUGCAGUCUGUUCACGGGAGUCUAUAGAAAGUAGGAUCAAAUUUGUUCUUGUUCAGAUAGUUCUAUGCUGAUAUAUUAUAAUAUUUAUAUUGACUGUGAUGGUUUAUCCUGUGAAUUUAGUGUUGCUGUUUUGGUUUUAAUGGCUCCUCCUCUUUCGCUGGAAGUAUUUUUGCAUGAGUUGGAAGUUAUAUAUAUACCUUUGGGUAAGCAUUUUUAUCUGGCAAGGAGAGUUAUGUAUACUGACAUUCCUCUCUGUCCAAUCAAUUGCAGUUAAGCAAGCUGCCUGUGAAAUCUUUCAGCAACAAACCCUUUGACAAUUCUGUAAUGGGAAGAGAACUUUGCAUUGCUGAGGUUGAAUCUGGAAGUGGCAAGUCAUUGGUUAUUGCCACUAGCCAUCUUGAGAGUCCCUGUCCAGGCCCCCCGAAAUGGGAUCAGAUGUACAGCAAGCAACGGGUAGAGCAGGCCAAUGAGGCUCUGAAUCUUCUCAAGAAAUACCCAAAUGUUGUUUUUGGAGGUGACAUGAACUGGGAUGACAAACUGGACGGUCAAUAUCCUUUACAAGAUGAAUGGAUUGAUGCCUGGUCUCAAGUAAGGCCAAAUGAAAGUGGUUGGACAUACGACACCAAGUCAAACCAGAUGUUGACAGGCAACCGAACUCUCCAAAAGCGAUUAGAUCGUUUUAUUUGCCAUUUUCGUGAUCUUAAGAUAAGCAGUAUUGACAUGGUUGGGAUGGAUGCAAUAGCUGGUGUGUCAUACAACAAAGAGAAGAAAACAAGAAAAGAGAUAAAACAACUGGUACUCCCUGUUUUGCCCAGUGAUCAUUAUGGCUUGCUUUUGACAAUUUCUAGUAAAUAAUGCUGCUCUGGAGAAUCUGGCUGGUGAAACCAGUAU